CUUUUCCGGCCAGAGCGGGCUGGCGGGAGGGCGCGCGCGUGUGUUCCUGAGGCAGCGCGUGGCGAGGGCAAGAUGGCGGACGGGCCAGGCUCUGCUUCUAAGAAACACAAGAAGAAGAAAGAAAAGAGGUCUUUGCCAGAUGAAGAUGUUGCUGAUAUACAAUAUUCGGAAGAAUUCCUUAUCAAGCCUGAAUCCCGAGUGGCUCAGCUGGAUACAUCACAGUGGCCUUUGCUUCUGAAGAAUUUUGACAAACUGAAUGUAAGGACAACACACUACACACCCCUUCCUUCCGGUUGCAAUCCCUUAAAAAGAGAAAUUGCUGAGUAUGUAAGGACGGGCUUUAUCAACCUGGAUAAACCUUCCAAUCCUUCUUCCCAUGAGGUGGUGGCCUGGAUCCGCCGCAUCCUCCGGGUUGAGAAAACUGGGCAUAGUGGCACGCUGGACCCCAAAGUGACCGGGUGCCUGAUUGUAUGCAUUGAGCGAGCAACACGCCUGGUCAAGUCUCAGCAAAGUGCAGGCAAAGAGUAUGUGGGAAUCGUUCGGCUGCACAAUGCAAUUGAGAGCGAGGUUCAGCUUUCAAGGGCAAUAGAAACUCUGACAGGUGCCCUCUUCCAGCGCCCCCCGCUCAUUGCUGCAGUAAAGAGACAGCUGAGAGUCCGAACCAUCUAUGAGAGCAAACUGGUAGAAUAUGAUCCAGAAAGGAGAUUAGGUAUCUUCUGGGUAAGCUGUGAAGCUGGGACCUACAUCCGGACAUUGUGUGUGCACUUGGGCUUAUUGCUCGGGGUUGGAGGUCAGAUGCAGGAGCUCCGGCGAGUGCGCUCUGGGGUCAUGGGAGAGAAGGACCACAUGGUGACCAUGCAUGAUGUGCUGGAUGCACAGUGGCAGUAUGACAACAACAAGGAUGAGACGUACCUCAGGAGAGUGAUCUUCCCCUUGGAGAAGUUGUUGACAUCCCACAAACGGCUGGUUAUGAAGGACAGUGCGGUGAAUGCCAUUUGCUAUGGCGCGAAAAUCAUGCUGCCAGGCCUUCUGCGGUACGAAGAUGGCAUUGAAGUCAACCAGGAAGUCGUUGUGAUCACCACAAAAGGCGAGGCCAUCUGCACAGCCAUUGCCUUGAUGACAACGGCCGUGAUCUCGACCUGCGACCACGGAGUGGUGGCGAAGAUCAAGCGCGUGAUCAUGGAAAGGGACACCUACCCUCGCAAAUGGGGGCUCGGGCCAAAAGCUUCUCAGAAGAAGAUGAUGAUCAAGCAAGGCUUGUUAGACGCACACGGCAAGCCCAAUGAGAAAACCCCACAGGCUUGGAAGAAGGACUAUGUGGAUUACAGUAGGGCUGCUGUAAAGAAAGAGGUGGAAGAGGAGGUGGUCCAGAAGGAGCCCGAGAGGGCCCCAAAGAGGAAGAGGGAGAUCGUGAUGAGCGAUGGGGAACAGGGAGUAGAUGCCUCGUCUCCCCCAGACUCUCCGGAGCCGCAGGCGGAGGCCAAGAAAAAGAAGAAGAAAAAGAAAGAGAAGAGGAAGAUAGAGUCCAUCGAGAGCAGCGGGGAGCUGACGGAAAUGGCCAGUGACACGAGUGUGAAGAAGAAGAAGAAGAAGAAAAAGAAGAAACAAGAAGAGACCGAGGAGAGUUCAGAGUAACCAGCCUGGACCGGCUCAGGAAGGAGGAGUCCGAAGGCCUUAACAAAAGCGCAGACCAGAUCAGCGUGCAGAGAUUGGUCCUGAUUGCUGUGCAAAUUGAUGUACUGUUUGGGGGGCCAGGGUGGUGAGCCCCCUCUGUCCUGUUCUAAGGAUAGCUGGAGGAAGCAGGGGAGGGGCUUGGCGACGCCUAUGCAUGAAUUCUUGGGGGCUCGUGAGACUCCCAUGGGGGUGGUCCAGCAAAGACACCCUUGAUUUGGCACUGCUACCAGCCUCCCUUCUCUCCUGCCCCCCCCUUCUCCUUGCUCUGCUAUUCUCCCUGCUUGAAUGUCAGAGAGCUACUGAAUCGUCACAGUAGCUUGUCUGUUGGUAGGGAUGUGAAGAGGAGAGUUACAGCUGCAUGGACAGAUGCUUAAUUCUUUUUAAAA